UAAUUGAAACCGUAUGUGUGGCAUGUGGAAUUCUGGGACUUUGGCACGCUCCCAAGAAUCCACAGAAUGCAAAGUUAUCCCCUCUCUCCCUCUCUCUCCUUUUUUUCCCUGUGUGCAGGGGAUGUCUUACAUCAGCCAGCGAGUUCUGAGGAGAGAGACUGGGCGAGCGAGCGAGACGGAGAAGGACUCGGGGUUUAACCUCCAGCCGUCUUGACUCUCACUGGAAUAAAAUCAUAAAAUCAUCUCAGAGCAAAUGGUCUGAAAGGAUAAGACAUCUCAGAAUUCAGAAGCUUAUCUCUGUGCGUGUGUUUGGGAUGAAGCAUCUGUGGAAAAUUCCCUUCCUCCUGCUCGUCGUCCUCCAGCUGUUGGCAGAGGUCACAUCACAGGUCAAUCCAGGUGUGUGUCGGUAUCCUCUGGGCAUGUCAGGAGGCCAGAUACAGGACGAAGACAUCUCUGCCUCCAGUCAGUGGUCUGAAACCACUGCUGCUCGAUACGGCAGGCUGGACUUUGAGGAGGGCGAUGGCGCGUGGUGUCCGGAGUUGUCUGUGGAGCCAGACAACGUGAAGGAGUUCCUGCAGAUUGACCUCCGCUCGCUCCACUUCAUCACCCUGGUGGGAACGCAGGGCCGGCACGCGGGCGGCAUGGGCAACGAGUUCGCCCAGAUGUACAAGAUCAAGUACAGCCGUGACGGAAGCCGCUGGAUCUCAUGGAGAAACAGACAAGGAAAGCAGGUGAUUGAAGGAAACAGGAACGCCUACGAAAUUGCACUCAAAGACCUGGAGCCGCCCAUCGUCGCUCGCUAUGUGCGCUUCAUGCCCGUCACCGAUCAUUCUAUGAACGUGUGCAUGAGAGUGGAGCUUUAUGGCUGCGAAUGGCUGGAUGGUCUUGUGUCCUACAACGCUCCAGUAGGAGAACAGAUGGCCUUGGCAACUUAUCAUGUUUAUCUCAACGACUCUACAUACGAUGGAGCAGUAAUCCACAGUAUGACAGAGGGUUUGGGCCAGCUGACUGACGGAGUGUGCGGCCUGGACGAUUUUGCACUAAGUCACGUCUACAAUGUGUGGCCGGGGUACGACUAUGUGGGCUGGAACAACGAGAGCUUCCCAAGCGGAUACGUUGAAAUCAUGUUUGAGUUUGACCGCAUACGAAACUUUACCACCAUGAAGGUUCACUGCAACAACAUGCUGUCGUGGCACAUCCGAACCUUCCGCCAGGUGGUGUGCUUCUUCCACUCCGAGUCAGACUGGGAGCCCACGCCGGUCACCUUCAGCCCGUCGCUGGAUGGGAAAGACCCCAGCGCCCGCUUCGUCACCGUCAACCUGGCCAAUCGCAUGGCCAGCGCCAUCAAGUGCCACUUUUACUUUGGCGACGCCUGGAUGCUGUUCAGUGAGAUCACCUUCCAGUCAGAUACGGCCAUGUACAACACGACACUGGCGCCCCCCAAGACAGGACUGACUCCUGGUACACCAGACAAUCCCACUCACAAAGUAGAUGACAGCAACACUCGCAUCUUGAUCGGAUGCUUGGUGGCCAUCAUCUUCAUCCUCGUGGCCAUCAUAGUCAUCAUCUUGUGGCGGCAGGUGUGGCAGAAGAUGCUGGAGAAGGCCUCUCGCCGGAUGCUGGACGAUGAACUAACUGCCAGUUUGUCAAUACAGAGCGAGACGUUCGUCUACAACCACAAUCAGCUGAGUGCAACCAGCGAGCAGGAGUCCAGCGCCACCUACGAGCGCAUCUUCCCUCUGGGCCCCGACUACCAGGAGCCGUCACGCCUCAUCAGCAAACUACCGGAGUUUGCAGAAAACACGGAGGAGUCUGCUUCUACCAGCACAGCCGCUUCCAAAUCCACCACCACCACCAUAGUCCAGGACGGAGUCCCUCACUACGCGGAGGCAGAUAUCGUGAACCUGCAAGGCGUGACCGGAAGCAACACGUACGCCAUCCCAGCGGUGACGAUGGACCUGCUGUCAGGGAAGGACGUUCCGGUGGAGGAGUUUCCACGCAAGCUGCUCACGUUCAAGGAGAAGCUGGGAGAAGGGCAGUUCGGAGAGGUGCACCUGUGUGAAGCCGAGGGAAUGCAGGAGUUCCUCAACGAAGAGUUUUUGUUUGACAUCUCUGAGGAUCAGCCAGUUUUAGUGGCUGUGAAGAUGCUUCGCUCGGACGCCAAUAAAAAUGCAAGGAAUGACUUCCUGAAGGAGAUCAAGAUCAUGUCGCGCCUGAAGGACCCCAACAUCAUUCGGCUGCUGGCUGUGUGCAUCUACAGCGACCCUCUGUGCAUGAUCACAGAGUACAUGGAAAACGGGGAUCUCAACCAGUUCCUGUCCCGCCACGAACCCGAGGGACAGCUGGCGGCGCUCAGCAACGCGCCCACGGUCAGCUUCAGUAACCUGUGCUACAUGGCCACUCAGAUAGCGUCGGGGAUGAAGUACCUCUCCUCUCUGAAGUUUGUGCAUCGAGACUUGGCCACUCGGAACUGCCUGGUGGGCAAAAACUGCACGAUAAAGAUCGCUGAUUUUGGCAUGAGCAGGAACCUGUACAGCGGCGACUACUACAGGAUUCAGGGCAGAGCGGUGCUGCCUAUACGCUGGAUGUCAUGGGAAAGCAUCCUGUUGGGUAAGUUCACCACGGCCAGUGACGUGUGGGCGUUCGGGGUGACCCUGUGGGAGAUCCUCAACUUUUGCAAGGAGCAACCCUACUCUCAGCUCACUGACGAGCAGGUGAUAGAGAACACAGGGGAGUUCUUCAGGGACCAGAAAAGACAGAUCUACCUGCCUCAGCCUGUGUUGUGUCCAGACUCAUUCUAUAAGAUCAUGUUGAGCUGCUGGAGGAGGAACACGAAGGAGCGGCCGUCCUUCCAGGAAAUACACAGAGCCCUACUGGAAAUACAGCCUUAAAGCCUGGGGCUGUAUUCAGGACAGUGGUUCCCAGACUGCUGAGAGGAGUGGCAGACCCAGUCCAGGUUUAAGCUGUCUCGUUUCAGGGUGGAAGCCGCCUUUGGGCUCCAAGCUACAAUUUGGGAAACACUCUUCCCUGGACUUAACACACUACAAUGAUGGACAUUGUGUGUGUGUGUGUGUCUGGCUGAGAUGAACCAGCACAGUGAAACUGUUUAAGACAUACAGGUCCAAAAAGUGCACCAACCCUGAAACAGAACAAGAUCGAGGUUUGGUUAUGAGGUGUCAAAGUUAAAGUUCAAUGUAGCAAGUGAAGUUCAGCACUUUUGAAGAUGUGUUUUUAAUUUCAUAUUAUAAUUAGUUUCCCAUGUGACAUGUUUGAAAUGUUGUUUGAAGAGCUUUCUUGUGUUUUCGUUUGGAAGACUGCUUGAAUGUAGAAGGGAAAGAUGCAGAAAAAGGUGUCACUGUUCCAUCAUGUGGAAAUACAGCAUUUCAUCUGAGUUUGCCAGCAUUUUUAUUAGAAGAUAAGUCAGUGUUUCUCCUCUUCCUGCAGUUUUCCAAUGUUAUAUGAUGAUAAAACAUGGUGUGUGUAUGACUGUGUAUUUUCAAAUAGAUAAGUCUAAGUUUCAAAUAUCAAUAUUUUGUACUUUAUAUUUAUACGUUUAUGUGUUUGUUCUGUUUAUUGAUAUGUUAGUUUAUUGUUAUGCUCUUUACAUUGAUUCAAUUUAAUAGCAUUUGGAUUAUAAUAUUUAAUUUCGCACAGGAUCCAGGCUCUGUGUUCUUGUGCUACGUUGGCACAAUAGUCUGUACCAUUGGAAGGAUGUUACUGAACGUGUUGUGGAUGUUGAUAAGUUAAAGCAGGAGUAAGCAGAGAUAUAAGAGAUGAUGAAGAAAUGAUCUAAACUCAUUUAAUCUAUGCUGGAUUGUUUCUUUCCUUUCAUUAUCAACCAUAGUAACCCUGUGUAUCACCAAUGCUUGAACUGGAUUUUUCAUACCACUGUUUGGUCUUUGCUCCGCUAGAUGUCACCUGUCCUUCACAACCUAAGCACAAAUAUGUAGAUAGAUAUGUACAUAUAUACAGUACAGUAUCUGUGUACUGGACAUACAAUACAUAAUAUUUGACAAAACAUUUCCUACAUCUCAGUCUUAUGAAUUAAUGUAGGUGCACACCAACAGAUGUCACAGUCUUUCAUUUUUAUUGUACUGAAAUGUUUGUUUUUCAAACACUAUGUUUUAUAUACAUGGUAACAAAAUUGUACAUGAACUGACAAAGUACAAAUAAAAGUUGAACAGGGAACCUUA